CUAUAAAAAAAUCAUUUUUUUUAUUUGACGUCAUCAUUUUUGCGGUCUCGUCUGCUAUACAACGGACAACGCUUUAACUACAACAUAUGGCUAAACGGAUUGAAAGCUCUGGAUGUGCUCACACAUCCGAUGGAUUAGUAAACAUUUUCUUGGGUUUAUUUAUCAAAACCAGCUCAAAGCAUAUUAUUUGAUGUCUGACUACUCUUUUCUAGCAAGAGCCUAGUGAAAAGUAUGGAAUCAUUGCUGGUGCAUAAAGCUACCUGAUAAGCCAGUGUGACUCAGAGCUACUUAUUAUUUUGAGAUGCCAGGCAAGAACUGUGCGAUUCCAGGAUGCCCUGCUUUUAAAAGUCGACACAAAGGCUUAUCAUUUUUCCGGAUAAGAAGACUAGAUGAUAAAGACUGAGAAAAAGCUCUUGUGAGUGCUGUGAAUCCUUGUGAUUCUAGCUUCAACAUUGAAAGAGCGACAUUUCAAACCGGAAUGUUAUAUUGAAGGUAAAGGCAGUUGUCGUCAGCUUAUCCCAGGAAGUCUACCCAUGGAGUUUAUGCCAAAAAAGACCGUUGAAACACCCAAGCCUGAAACUAGGAAGCCACCAACUCAGAGCCCACUUCCAGAACCUGUUGAGAGAGUGAAAUGCUACAUUUACAGAGAGGUCCGCAAGGCAGCAGUUAAAGAGCUACCUUUUCCAUGGCGCCUGCUGUCGGAUACCAGUGACAACAUUAUUCUAGAGAUGAAGCCAAGAAAGCAGCGUGUGACAUGUCGUUGCAAGAACCUGAAGAGAACACAAAAGAAGGCUUCCUGUAAUAACGAAAAUGGAGACUUUGCUUCAGAGACUAAAAAGAAACAGAAGACAGAAAAGCCCAUUGACGGAAUUGAUGUGUUUGCAGCAAUGUUUGGACACAAGACUGAACGAACCACUGUAACGUUUUGGGAAGGGUGUGUUACGAAUGUAUGCGAGCGCGUGUAAACAUCUACAUGUAAACCACGCUCCACGCACUCUUCCAACUUUUUCAACAAAAAGGUCCGGCCAACGGUUAGCACAUUUAAUGCUUAACGUGAAAGAAAUGGAACGAUGGGAGAAAGGAAAGAUAAAACACAAGAUAAAUAUGACGUUUAAACCCUG